AUGGACGAAGCCUUCUCACAGCUGAAUGCAUACCUGUUCUCUUCCUCACCAGAGUGCCGACACUGGAGCCCGAUCGAUUCCGAGAACAUCGUCGAGCCUACCGAUGCUCCAGACAUCCGCGACUCUCGGAUAGAUCUGAAUCAGGGGGUUUGGAGCUCAAAUUCCUCCGAUGACAUUUCCUUCGGCCCAACCUCUCUUGAUUACAGCUCUAUGGGCUUGGGUCAGUACGUAUGGCUCAGUACCGACCACAACCCUCUGGACACCUCCGAAUUUGACCGUGUUGCUUCGGCAUCUUGGGAGCCCUUCCAAACCGGAACUUUCUCCAGCUCCUCAGGUUCCUCAGACUCGCAUACCACCACGAACACACACCUUUUUUCUGACAGUUCAAGCGAAGCCCCAGCAGACAACUGGCGCAAGAGCCCAGGGGAAGAAGCCCCAAACAGCGGCAACGAAGCCAAAUGCCAUCCGGAGGCAAGCCAAGGCACCCAAGAAUGA